AUGCAACAUUACACCCAAGUCAUUAUCAUAUUCAUCACCAGCAACCCUCAACACCUCAUGCCUGCCAUCAACCAGCUCACACAUCAUGCCAACCUUGAGUACAAGCUCACACUCACCUUCCACUUCUCCAAGGUUGCCUACACCUCUGACCACCCAGCACCUGCUCACAUCAGUGGCUUCUUCAUCAUUCUCUUCUGCCCUGCCAACUGCCCCUUCAACACCAUCUCCAAGCCCUUCUCCUGA